GGAUGCUGUGGAGGAGAGGGAAACACCUGCCCCCCAGAGGAAGCCGCAGACCAGGGCCCCAGGGCGGCUGAGUGACCUGUGCCUGAUCCUGUUUUUCCAGCGAGCACCUGGCCAGUGAGGGAUGGGCUGGCCUCCGGGGGACCAGCGGAACCGGCCCCAUCACCAGAGCUGCUGACACCGGACACAAGGCCACGCUGCCCGGCUGACGUGUGACCCCGAAUGACAAAUGGCAGCCCCUGAAAGAGGAAGCUUCCGGGGGCCUCUAUACAAGAGACGGAGUUAAGGCCGAGUUCGGAGGUGGACACCCCCUCUCAGACCCUUGGUUCCUCGGGCUGCGAGGUGAUGGAGUGUAAAGCAAGGACGCUGGACACAGGAGGGGGCGCGCCCGGGUUGGUCCCGUGCACCUGACAGCCCAGGAGCGCAGAGAGGGGCCUCGGAGGCGCAGGGCCGGCCCAGGACUGCCCCGGCACUAACGGAGGCCUCACCACCCUGCUGGAGGCUGAGGGUCACCUUAGCAGGCGCAUCUAGGGCGGGCGCGCCCUCUUUGAAGGAGAGGAGGGUGGGGAGGGGUCGAGGAGAACCUCCUGGGAGCAAUAAGCGGUGGAAGCAGGAGUCACACCUGAGCGCGCGUCCUGAGAGCCCACCGAGGCCCGAAGCCCCCGGAGAACCCUCGCCCUUGAGCCACCCAAGGUCAUGGUGGGCUCCUAAGGGGAGGGGCGCUGCCAUGGAGAACCCGGUGGCCCCCCGUGUCCUCUACCCCGGGGAUGACCCGGGCCAAGGGCCGGAUCCCAGGGGCACCUUGGCGCCGGGAGCGCGCCGCCAGGCAGGGGGAGGCGGCAGCGCGCCCGAGGCUCCGGGAGAGGGCAGCCUGCAGCCGCCGGACGCGUCCUGGGGGGAGGGCGCCGCGUCCCCGUCCCCGUCCCAGGCGCAGUCACCCUGCAGCCUGGGCGCCUCCCUGUGCUUCAGCUCCGGGGACGAGUCCCCGCCGCAGUCCCGCGCUUCCGCCGCCGAGGGCGCAGCGGCCUCCCCGCCCCCGUGCCGCCGCGGCCAGCGGGUGGUGGAGAGGCAGUGGGAGGUCGGCAGCGCCGCGUCGCCGGAGGAGCCCUCGUCCCUGGAGGAGCCCUCGUCCCUGGAAGAGCCCGCAUCCCUGGAGGAGGCCGCGUCCCCGGAGGAGCCCGCGUCCCUGGAGGAGCCCACAUCCCCAGAGGAGCCCGCGGACCCCGCGCCUCUGCCCCCUGGCGUCGGGACCGCGCACGGGGAGCCGGACCUGGUCAUCGAGGUGUCGGGCCGCCGGCUGCGGGCGCACAAGGCGGUGCUGGCGGCGCGCAGCGACUACUUCCGCGCGCGCGCGUCGCGGGACGUGCUGCGGGUGACGGGCGUGGGCUGGGCGGCGCUGCGGCUGCUGCUGGCCUACGCGUACAGCGGGCGCAUGGCGGGCGUGCGGCCCGACAACGUGGCCGAGGUGGUGGCGGGGGCGCGCCGCCUGCAGCUGCCCUGCGCCGCGCAGCGCGCCACCGAGGCCGUGGCGCCGCAGCUGAGCCUCGCCAACUGCCUGGAGGUGCUGAGCGCGGCCAAGCGGCAGCGGCUGACGGAGCUGCGCGACGCCGCCUACGGCUUCAUGAGCGACCACUACCUGGACGUGCUGCGCGAGCCCGCCGUGUUCGGGCGCCUGUCGGGCGCCGAGCGAGACCUGCUGCUGCGCCGCCGCCUGGGCGCAGGACGGGCCCGCCUGCUGGCCGCCGCGCUGGGGCCGGCCGGGGAGCGCGCGGGCAGCCGGCCGCAGAGCCCGUCGGGGGACGCGGAGGGCCGCGGGGACGCCGCCGUCUACUGCUGGCACGAGGCGGCCGGCGAGUGGCGGGAGCUGACGCGGCUGCCCGAGGGCGCGCCGGCGCGGGGCUGCGGCCUGUGCGUGCUCUACAACUACCUCUUCGUGGCCGGCGGCGUGGCGCCCGCGGGCCCCGACGGCCGCGCGCGGCCCUCGGACCAGGUCUUCUGCUACAACCCGGCCACCGACCGCUGGAGCACCGUGCGGCCGCUGCGCCAGGCGCGCUCGCAGCUGCAGCUGCUGGCCCUGGACGGCCACCUGUACGCCGUGGGCGGCGAGUGCCUGCUGAGCGUGGAGCGCUACGACCCGCGCGCCGACCGCUGGGCCGCCGUGGCCCCGCUGCCCCGCGGCGCCUUCGCUGUGGCGCACGAGGCCGCCAUCUGCAACGGAGAGAUCUACGUGUCCGGGGGCUCGCUCUUCUACCGCCUGCUCAAGUACGACCCGCGACGCGACGAGUGGCAGGAGUGCCCGGGCAGCAGCGGCCGCGAGCGCUCGGCCGACAUGGUGGCGCUGGGAGGCUGCAUCUACCGCUUCGACCUGUGCGGGGCCCGGGGGGAGGCGCCCGCGGCCGGGCAGCUGCAGGCCGGCGGGGCGCGCGUGCUGCGCUACCACUGCGUGGCCAAGCAGUGGAGCUGCCGCGCCGCGCACCUGCGGCUCCCGGGCGCGCCGUCGGGGUGGGGCCAGCAGCCCUUCCGCUGCGCGGCGCUGGGCGGCAGCAUCUACUGCGUGAGCCGCGCGGGCACCUGGCGCUUCGUGCCCCCGCGGGAUGGCGAGCCCGGCGGGGACGUGGGCGCGGAGGACAGCGUGGAGGCCGAGGCGCUGAGCGGUCCCCUGGACGUGCGGGGCGCGCUCUUCCCCUUCGUGCUCAACCUGCCGGAGAAGCUGGACAGAGGCGAGGAGGGCGCUGCGUAGGAUGGGCCGGGUCCCCUGGGCGUCUCCUGCCUCACCCUCUGGGCAGCCCUGGGCAGGGAAGGCCUCCUGGGCCUAGGUUCCCACGAGGAGUGGAGGAAGGAGAGAGUCGCGGGUAGGGCGCUGCCACCGGGUUAUUGAAGGCUUUGGAGUUGGGAGCUGGUGGCUCGGCCUCCAGGACUCCCUCGCCGCUGCUUUAAGGCGGGCCUCCCCACUGCGCAUUCCCUUUCCCUUCGCUUUGCUUAGCUUUGCCCUUGGCCUCAGGUGUAGGCUGUGCGCAUGCAGGUAACCUCCCAGAGAGACAGCAUCCGGAGGGGGAUGAUCAAAAGGGGUGCCUCAGGGCAGGCGAGCCGGCACCCACGGGGCACCCAGAGGUCCCCGCGUGCACAGGACGCAGACUGGAGUCUCAGAGGCACCUUGGCUUUCGCAAUGAGCAGCCGCGGGGAGUUGGCAGGUCAGGUAGGCCCAGGUGAACUCUAUCUGCGAGAGGAGCCACGGCUGUUGGGCUGGAGGGUUAAGGUGGUCACUGCUGAGUAAAGCUUUUUUAAAAGAAUAUUUCUUUAUUGAUUUCAGAGAGGAAGGGAGAAUGAGAGAGAGAGAGAAACAUCACUGAGAGAAUCAUUGAUCGGCUGUCCCCUACUGGGGAUCGAGUCCGCAACCCUGGCAUGUGCCCUUGGUCAAAUCAAACCUAGGACCCAUCAGUCCACAGGCUGACGCUGUAUCCACUGAGCCAAACAGGCCAGGGCAUGAGUAAAGCUCUUAAGCCCUUUCUCACCCACUAACUAAGUCAGAGGGUUCCUGCCGCCACUGCUCCCGUUUUGGUGGAGCCUUUGGUGAGGGCUACAAUCUCUCUCUCUCUCUCUCUCUAAAAUAUUUUUAUAGGUUUCAGAGAAGGAGGGAGAUGGAGAGAGAGAGAAACAUCAGCAGUGAGAGAGAAUCAUUGAUGGGCUGCCUCCUGCAUGCACCCCCCACUCCCCACUGGGGAUGGAGCCCACAACCCAGGCAUGUGCCCCAACCCGGGGAAUCGAACUCUGACCUCCUGGUUCGUAGGUGGACGCUCAGCCCCUGAGCCGCGUCUGUGUUUCAUGAUGGACUCAAAGAAAGAAUUGUUCCCCCCGAGGAAGGUGAGGCCCAUGGCUGCUGCCCGUGCUGAGGGCGAGCACGCGCCCCUGGGACCCGGCCGGGGUGCUCAGCGCGGAUUACGGGAUUCUGGGGAGGGGGCGGCUUUUUAAGAACAUCGCCCUCAGAACACGUGGCAGAGUGACAGGCAGCCUGUGGACCUGAGGGGCCAGCACAGGCAAGUGCACGGCAGGUCUGCAGCUGGACGCUCAUGUUCCCCAGGUGUUCACGUGCCACUCACUGCUCCGCAGAGCGCGAGGACUGACAGGCAGUCGGCUCUCGCUCCUUGGUCACAUGACGCCGGGCGUUUCAGAGACGGACAGACAGGGCUUCCUGUCGGCUGGACUUGGAGGAUGAAAUACUUGCUCCGAUGACCUCAUGCCCAGCUCGGUAUUGCUUACCUGUUGGCCCCGUGGAGGGAGCCAGGUGGCAGCCUGUGUGGCAGUCGGGGGCAGUGGGAAGGGGCUGGGCUCUGUAAGCUCUGUGGUUAUGAGAGUUACCAGUUGAUAUGUUUGGACAUGACCAGCUUGAUCGAAUCUGGGGCUUGUGCCAGAGGGAGGGGGUGACUGACAAGCUCCGUGAGGGACACGGGUCGUGCUGCCGGGCUGCGCUGGCCUUUACCACAGGAGACGGGAAUCCCAGGGCAAGGAGCUCACGGCGAGGGGCACACACCGUGUUCUUCUACACGCGCCCCUUUCGCAGCGCGGCACCCCUCUCUCAGAGCCUCAUGACGUGUGUGAGCGUUUCUCUGUGACCCGGGACAGGCUGAUGCUUCCAGUCCUUAAACAGCGACCACACGGCUACCGCUGUGCCGUUCCUUGGGAAUCCUUCCUAGGAAGUUGUCCGUUUCAGAGCCGAAUGCCAAACGGGGCUUCCAGAGAGAUGGUCCCCAGGGGGCCGGGCGUCAGGUGGGGCGGCCGCACCGUGACGCCCAGGAGCCUCGCUCCGUUUAGAUGAGGCGUAGCCUGCGCUGGGCGAGGCGCCCCUUUCUGUGGUCUUGGGGUCCCGGGGGGGUCUGUCGGUGGAACACAGGACACGCAGAGGGUCCGUGGAAGGACGCAGGCUACUGUGUCACAUUCCUAACCAGAACGUCUCAAAACAGACCCGAGAGGCCCCGCAGGCCGCGGGGACCAGUUUGUUUUGCUUUGGGGGCAGUUCUGGGGGUGAAGCCGCAGGUUUGCACCAGUGAGGCAGGAAAGCGCCUGCCGGGCGUGUUGAUGGAGAUGCUGGGGAUGGGGGGGGGGGGGGUGGCCCCUGAGCACUGCCGGCCCAGGAGGGCUGUGUCCCAUGUGAUGCGAUGUUCGUAGCCCGGCUCCCACCUGACUUUGAAAAGCAGUUGGUGGGAAACGAUUUCCCACCCUGGAUCCGUCGCCCAAUGAGGCGCAUGCGCCCGUGACACCCGCCCCCUCCUGCCGGGGAGACAGGACCGGGCACGAUCGUCCCCCGUGUGGAAGCAGGGACUGUGCUGUCAGCCAAGGUUCACGUGGCACCCCAGGGCCCGGCCGGAAGCGACUUCGUUUUCUUUCUGUUUUCGCCCCUGGACUUGGGACGGGCCCAGCUCUGUGCUUGGAACGUGGCGAUUUCACUCGCGCCUCCUGCCCGUGAGGAGAACGGAGCCGUGGGAAUCCCUGGCUGCUCCGUGAACACUGACCACCCGCACUCGCUUCGCUACACACACCCAGAACGCGGCUCCUCGGCUCCGUUUCUGUUCAUCCCGCUGUUGCUCAGUGAAGCUGGCCGCGGGGUCCCCGACCUCCUGCGAGAGGCUGGGAGGGAGCGUCCUGGGGCGUCUGUCUGGGGGGUCGCCCCCCCACCCCAGGACCUGACCUGUGGUAACCCCUGCGUGGCUGAAUGUAAACGAAUGUGUUACUUUGUGUCUGUCUUGUUUCAGGCCCUUCCUCGCUUACAAAAUGCUUUAUUUUGGGUUAAAAAAUGAAUGUUCUUAUCUCCCCUCCCCCCGCGUUGCCGUUCACGAGGAGCUGGUGGGAGCUCAGGGGGUGGGGGGGGGGGCAGUGCGCGGCUGCCUCUGACUGUGUGUGGGUGGCCGUGCCCCCUCCUCACCCACCCAGGGCCGGGCUCCGGCUGCGCCAGCCCCAGCGCCCCGCUGGCCACCAGGCGCCUCCCGCGGGCUCCGGGACUCGCUGCGAAGGGACUGGACGUGGAAGGCUCGGCGCGCUCACGUGGGCAGGAGUGUCCCACGCGGCCGGCUCCACGCGGCCUGCAGUGUCGCGGCUUCUCGGACAAACCCACUGUGAGGGCACGCGGGGCGCGGACGCUGUGCCUGCAGCGAAUGUAUUUAUCAUCGCUUCCUCAUUCCACCCGCGCCCACGCUGUGGCACCUGUGUGUCCGUUUCUGCGAGAUGAAUAAAUGGUUGGAAAAUGC